AUGGCUUCCGCAAACAAUGAUCGUGUAUUUAAAGAUGGUGGUAGUAGUAACAAGCCUCCUUUGUUUUCCGGUCAAUAUUUAGAAUUUUGGAAAAUCCGUAUGAAGGCACAUUUAGAAGCACAAGGAAGUGACAUAUGGGAGGCGGUUCAAAAUGGUCCUUUUAUUCCUACAACGGUUGUCAACGGUGCUAGUUCAACAAUGCCACAAGGAUCAUGGGAUGAUGAUGAUAAGAAAAGGGUUCUCUAUGAUAAAAAGGCGAUUAAUAUUUUACAAAGUGCACUUGGAAUGGAUGAAUUCUUCCGCGUCUCAACAUGUACAAUGACAAAGGAAAUAUGGGAUACUCUUGUAGAAACUCACGAAGGAAUGACCGAAGUCAAGAGAUCUAGAUUGAACACGUUAAGUCAAGAGUACGAGUUAUUCCGAAUGCAACCGGGAGAAUCAAUCCUCGACUUGCAAAAAAGAUUCGUGCAUUUGACAAAUCACUUGAAAGCACUUGGUAAGACACUAACUAAUGAUGAACUUAAUCUUAAAGUGCUUAGGUCUUUAACAAGAGAAUGGCAACCCAUAGUGACGACGAUCUCCGAAAAGAAAAGUUUAUCAACAAUGACAUCCGCUACUUUAUUCGGAAAGCUUCAAGAAUAUGAGACGGAACUUGGACUAUUGGAGAAACAUGAGGUCCAAGAGAAGAAAUCCAAGAGCAUUGCCUUAAAAGUUGAUUCCAAAGUUGUGAAGAAAGAAGACAAUCCCGAAGAGGACGAAAACUUUAUGCUUCUUGUAAAAAGACUAGGAAAAUAUUUUGGUGCAAAAAGUUCUUCAUCGGAUUCCGAUAGUGAUCAAAGCGUAAAUCUAGCAUUGAUGGCAUCACAUCAUUCCGACGAUGAAGACGAUGAGGUUAGUAGUAACUUUUCAAUUUUUGAUAAUGAUGCUCAAGGAGAAAUUGAUGAACUUUUAAGUGAAUGCAAAAUUCUAUACAAAACCAUUUCAUCUCAAAAGAAUCAAAUAUCAACUUUGGAAGAAAAUAUUGAGAAAAUGAAAAAUAAUCUCAAAGAUGAAAAGGAAGAAUUAAUCAAGAAUUUUGCAUGCACUAAAUGUGAGUCACUUGAUUUUCAAAUAGUUCAAUUGAAGAGUGUUAUUGAAAGAUAUGAAAAAGGUCAAAUCGGAUUGGAACAUGUUCUUAGUAGUCAAAGAUACUCAAAUGAUAAACGUGGUUUAGGUUAUUCAAAUUUUGAUAAACAAACUUCUAACAAGACCAUUUUUGUAAAAGCUAAAGAACAAAUUCCUUUAGAUAAAAGUAACAAGCCUAAAGUGGUUCAUCAAUAUAAUAAUAGGAAAAGGAACAAAUCUUAUUAUAAAAAGAAAUCUUAUUCCCCUAGAUAUAAAAGCAACUUUGAACCUACAUGUUUCUAUUGUGGUAUUAAAGGUCAUACUCCUAAUGCAUGUUAUGUUAGAAACUUUAGUGUUGCUCAAGGCCAUUAUGUAUGGGUUAAGAAAGGAACUAACUUUGAAGGACCCAAAUCAAUUUGGGUACCUAAUAAAACUUAA